CCCGCGAUAAACUACCAACGCCUGCUUGACAGUCCGUCCGACAAGAAAGUAAACGGUCUUCAACGAACAGCAAUGGCGACCGCUACCUUUGGAUUCGGCUCUAUCCAACCCGUGCCCUCGGCCACCGAGUUCUUGGACAUUGUGUUGAGCAGGACUCAACGCAAAACUCCCACCGUCAUCCACAAGAACUUCAAGAUCUCCCGUAUCCGCUCUUUCUAUGCCCGCAAGGUCAAGUUCACCUCCGAGACCUUCACCGAGAAGCUCGAGGCAAUCUUGUCCGAGUUCCCGAAGCUGAAUGAUAUCCACCCUUUCCAUGCCGAUUUGUUGAAUAUUCUUUAUGACCGUGAUCACUUGAAGAUUGCGUUGUCGCAGUUGGCUACGGCGAGACAUUUGAUUGAUACUGUGUCGAAGGAUUAUGUCAGGUUGAUGAAGUUUGGUGAUUCGCUAUACCGCUGUAAGCAGCUGAAGCGUGCGGCACUCGGUCGUAUGGCCACCAUCAUGAGGCGUCAGAAGGACCCUCUUGCCUACCUCGAGCAGGUCCGUCAGCAUUUGUCUCGUCUCCCCUCCAUCGACCCCAACACCCGUACCAUCCUCAUCUGCGGUUACCCCAAUGUGGGUAAAUCCUCCUUCAUCAACAAGAUCACCCGUGCCGAGGUCGAUGUCCAGCCUUAUGCUUUCACCACCAAAUCCCUCUUCGUCGGACACAUGGACUACAAGUACCUCCGCUGGCAGGUGAUCGACACUCCCGGUAUUCUUGAUCACCCCUUGGAGGAGAUGAACACCAUUGAGAUGCAGUCCGUUACCGCGAUGGCUCAUUUGCGCGCGUGUAUCUGUUACUUCAUGGAUUUGUCUGAGCAGUGUGGGUACUCUGUUGAGGCCCAGGUCAAGCUUUUCCACUCUAUCAAGCCUUUGUUCGCCAACAAGGUCGUUCUCCUCGUUAUCAACAAGACCGAUGUCAUGAAGCCCGAGGAUCUCGACCCUGAGCGUGCGGCGCUCCUCCGUACCAUCACCGACCAGGGUGAUGUCCAGAUGGUCACCUCAUCCUGCUACAAUGACGAGGGUAUCAUGAACGUCCGUAACCUCGCUUGCGACAAGCUCUUGGCAUCCCGUGUCGAGGCUAAGCUCCGUGGCUCCAAGAUCAACGACGUCCUCAACAAGAUCCACUUGGCUCAGCCCGUCACUCGUGACGACGUCCCACGUCUUCCCUUCAUUCCCGAAGGUGCAAAGGAGAAGGCUGGCUACGACAAGGAAGACCCCAACCGUCGCCCCUUGGAGCGCGAUCUCGAGCUCCAGGAUGGAGGUGCUGGUGUCUACAACUACGAUCUCAGGAAGAACUACCUCUUGGAGAACGACGAAUGGAAACAAGACCGUAUCCCCGAAUUGUUGGACGGAAAGAACAUUUACGACUUUAUCGACCCCGAUAUCGAGGAGAAACUCGCUGCCCUCGAACGCGAAGAAGAGCGUUUGGAGCGCGAAGGCUUCUACAAUUCUGAGGAGGAGAUGGAGGAUGAGGAGGACGCAAAGACACUCCGGAAAGCCGAGAUCAUCAGGAGAAAACAAAAGAUGAUCAUGAACGCGUCCAAGAUCAACAAGAAGGCACUUAAGAACCGCGCCGCUAUCCCACGUACCGCCGGUCUCAAAAAGAUCUCCCAAAUGGAAGACCACCUUGGCCGUCUCGGACUGGACCACUCCACUAUCUCCGAGCGCGCACGCGACCGUUCUCGGGCUCCUGGUGGUCCUGCGUCUGGUGAGGAGGUGAUGAUGCGCGAGUCCUCGAAGGCUAGGUCAAGAUCGAGGGCGCCGCCGAAGACAGACAGGAGGGAGGAUGGUAUCAUGUCCGAGGUUGCGAGGGAGAGGGCGGACCGCGUUGCGAAGAUGGCGUUCAGGGAGAGGAAUAGGCAUGCUAGGGCUGGUGAGGCUGAUAGGCAUGUUCCCGAGUCCAGGCCCAAGCAUUUGUUGGCUGGUAAGAGAAGUAACGGUACUGCCUCGCACCGUUAAGUCCGAGCGAAGCGAAGGGCGUGCGAUGGAAUGGGAGAGAUGGUAUGGCGGAAGAGGAGGGGGAUGGGAACAAAUAUACCAGAAUCAUAUAUUCCUUUGUGGUUGUUCGCAAUUGGGUUCAUUGCUUGGUUUCGUAAGCGUUUUUCUGCUUCGAUUGGAAUACACUAUUAUUCAUCAUUGCCACUGCUAUGCUCAUCAUUGUGUAUUCGUCCCAUUGCUCGGUAUCUUACUGCUCGUUCUCUCCUUCGACAACCUUAUUCUUGUAGUGGACCUCAUCACACGCCCUCAACCUCGCCGCCGCCAUCUCCGGCGUCAAGUCCCGUUGUACUUCCCCCAUCAUCUCAAACCCAACCAAGAACU